AGAUCUAUUACAUGUGACGUCAGCAGAAUGGUAAAUAAAAUCACUGUUCUUCUCUGUCUCAGUAUUGCUCUGGCGUACACGAUAUUUCUAAUAGGAGUGGACAAGAUUCAGCAUAAGGUCGGAUGUAUCAUUAUAACAGCUUUAUUACAGUAUCUGUUUUUGUUGAUUUUCGUCCUGAUGCUGGCCCUUGGGUUGUACUAUUUUAGUAGCAUCUCCUUGGUCAAAAUAUCGUUUUCUAAAGCUUCAACGUUUCAAAGUAAAGUCACUUUCUUCAAUAAAAUUGUUUGGGGAAUCGUCGUUGUUAUACCAGUAUGUAUAACCGCAGUAACCAUUGGGGCUAUUUAUUCCUUGAACAAGGACUACCAUUCAAAAUCGAGUUGCUGGUUAUCAUUUGAUAGUGGAGCUUUGUAUGGAUUUAUUGGACCCGUAGCUUGCAUUGUCCUGAUCAAUAUUAUUAUUGUUAUCAUCCUCUCAGUGACUCUUUGCUCAAUGGGAUACGUACCACAAGAUAAGACGAGGAACAGGAUAUUAGCCGGAAUAAAGUCAAUAUGUACCCUGUUACCUGUUCUGGGUGUCACGUGGUUGUUUGGUCUCUUGUCCAUUAAUGAUGAUGUGGUCGUCUUUCAGUAUAUAUUUGCUUUGUUUAACUCCUUUCAGGGGCUUUUCAUUUUCAUCUCAAAAUGCCUUCUAAGCAAAAAGAUCAGAAAGUUACUUAGUGAAAGUAUCCACAGAAAUAAUUCAGGAAGUUGGAGAGGUAGACUUUAUUCAUUACUGAGCAGCCAUCCGCAUUCUGUGACCAUGAAGGAGUUUUCAUCACUCUCUAAAAGCCAACUUGAAGAAGAUUCUAAAAGUAAAAAUGGAAAACGGAAACUGAUCAAGGGAAUAUCCUUCAAAGGCAGCUAUAGAGACAACACAGCCCUGUGAGAGUGCUUGGCAAAAGAAAAAGAUUUAUGAUUAAAUCAUAAAAAAAUAUCACAUAUACUGAUAAAAGCUUUUAAAACUAAGUCUUUUCUCUU